UCCGAAAUACACACUUUUAAUUCUUCGUCUUCUAGAUUCUGAAAAGAGAAGAAGAAACCUCGCUAUACACCUCUCUUCGGUGUAUAUCUCCCAGGCCCGCAAAAACCAUUUCGUCUACGACAAUUACAAGCUAGAUAGGGAGAGAGCGAGAGGGAUAGAAAGAUAUAGAUAUGGUAGAUUUCAGCGGCGGCUCCGACGACAAACUAUCCUAUUUCCAAGCGAUCACAGGCUUAGAAGAUCCUGUCCUCUGUCAGGAGAUCCUGGCCGCUCAUAAUUGGGAUCUCGAACUCGCCAUCUCCGCUUUCACCACUUCCAAUCCCUCGUCCGACCCCCCUACUGCCAGCGCCACCACAACCGUCCGAUCCGAUUCCUGGGAAGGCAUCCAACGCCCCGAUUCUCCCGCCGACGUGCCGGCCCCUCCCCCCGGUCUUGCAUGGAAGCUCAUUACCCUCCCCAUCUCCGUAGUCUCCGGCGGCCUCGGGCUGGUCUCCGGCGCGAUCGGCCUCGGCAUGUGGGUCGCGGGCGGCGUCCUCUCCCACUCCCUCGGCAUGAUCGGGUGGGGCCCGCGCGGGGCUGACGCGGCUUCCUCCUCUUCGACUCCGUUGGUUUCUUUAUCGGCAGCGGCGGCGGAGGCAUUGGAUUUCAUAUCCGCGUUCGAGAGGGACUACGGCUCGACGCGCCCAAACUUUGUUGCGGAAGGGUUCAUGGACGCGCUGCAGCGGGCCCGUCGGGAGUUUCGGAUGCUUUUCGUGUACCUGCAUUCACCGGACCACCCUGACACGCCAGCGUUCUGCCAGGGGAGCCUGUGCUCGGAGCUGGUGUCGGCGUUCGUGAAUGAGAACUUCGUGGUGUGGGGCGGGAGCAUUCGGGCGAGUGAGGGGUUCAAGAUGAGUAACAGCUUGAAGGCCUCCCGUUACCCUUUCUGUGCGGUUGUCAUGCAGGCCACCAAUCAGAGGAUCGCACUGCUCCAGCAGGUUGAGGGACCAAAAUCUCCUGAACAAAUGAUUGAAAUCCUUCAAAAAGUUGUUGAAGAGAGUUCUCCUUCUUUAGUUGCAGCUAGGCUUGAAGCAGAAGAAAGAAGGAGUGCUGUUCGUUUAAGGGAGGAACAAGAUGCUGCAUACCGAGCAGCACUUGAAGCUGAUCAGGCUAGGGAACGACAGAGAAAAGAAGAGCAAGAACGAUUGGAAAGAGAAGCUGCAGAAGCUGAGAGGAAGCGCAAGGAGGAAGAAGAGGCUCGAGAAAGAGCAGUUCGGGAAGCUGCUGAAAGAGAAGCUGAACUAGCUAGAAGGCGGCAAGAGAAAGCUCUGUCACUGGGAGAUGAACCUGAAAAAGGGCCUAAUGUUACCCAAGUUCUUGUGCGGUUUCCAACAGGAGAACGGAAGGAGAGGCGGUUUCAUAGUACAGCUAUGAUCCAAUCUCUCUACGACUAUGUCGAUUCUCUGGAUUGCUUGAAGGCUGAGAAAUAUAACCUGGUUUCAAACUUCCCUAGGGUCAUCUACGGCCCAGAAAAGCGCUCCUUGUCUCUGAAGGAAGCCGGGUUGCAUCCACAGGCGAGCCUGUUUGUCGAGGUGGACUCAUAAGAACCAAAUUAUCCAAGAACCAUGAUCGAUUGGCAUCCGAUGCUGCUGCGGAUCCGGAAUGGAAACUUCAUGUCCUAGUUUUUUCCCCCUUUUAGUAGGCUAAAAUCAAUCUCUGCAUUGUCUGCCAAUCGUUGACAAUGGGGGAAUGGAAUGAUGGGUGGUUCAAAUCUACAAGCAAUUUCAUGCAUUGAAGAUCAACAGAUGCUUUCAGUUUCUGAUAUCUGUAAUAAUCUGUCGCCUAGGAACAAAGUUAGAGACGAUUAUCGUUUUCAGGAUACUGUUUGGAAUGAACUUGGAAUUACGAUAACAUUAUUAGAACA